AUGGUGGCUCUCAACUUCCAUGGAGCGCUGCUUAUCUUGCAAGUAGGUCUACUUGUCCUGCUUAUCACGACUCACUCGAUUCUAUCAUCAUCAUCAUCAUCAGCAGCAGCAGCAGCCUUGCAAGGCUGCUUCGACCGAUGCGGAGACGUCGAAAUCCCGUACCCGUUCGGCAUGUCGGAAAACUGUUCCCUUAAUGCAAAUUUCACCAUCAAGUGUAGCAACUCGACCCCUAUAUACGGUGAAAAUAUAGGAGUCACCAACAUAUCCACCGACCGUCACGAGAUGACCAUCAUGUGGAACGUCGCCCACGACUGCUACAACGAGUCCGGUGGACUCGUGUCGUGGAACGUUCACUGGCUCGACAUUCCCUCACUCUCAAUCUCCAGUUCCAAAAACAAGUUCGGCGUCAUCGGCUGCGACUCCUACGCCUACCUCCAUGGUAUUCACAAAGAGAACAACUUUUCCAUGGGGUGCAUGUCGAUUUGUGAGGACAAGGACGACGUGCCUGACGAUGGAUCAUGCUCCGGGAUCGGGUGUUGUCAGGUAGACAUACCCAAAGGGCUCAAGUAUGCCACGAUAUUGCCGUAUAGCUCUAAAAACCAUACCGGCGUCAUAAAAUUUAACCCCUGCAGUUACGCCUUUGUAGUCAAACGCACCAAGUUCAAUUUCUCCCGCAAUUUCCUUGGGAAUUUCUCCGAGACUGAAAUGCCGGUGGUGGUUGAUUGGGCGAUCGAUAAUGAGGCUGAGACGCGUGAGGCGAGCUCGGAAAAAUAUAUAAAGUGCGGCAGAGAGAACACCAUCCUCGAGUUCACGCCCGACAGGCAGCAGUACAACUGCAAAUGCAAGGAGGGCUACCGGGGAAACGCUUACCUCCCUGCUGGUUGCCAAACAGGUGCUGCAAUAGGCGUCAUUGUCUUAUUCUUCCGUGUCCCGUGGCUGUAUUUGGUUUUAAAGAAGAGGAAGCUAAUCCAACUCAAAGAGAAGUUCUUUCGUCAGAAUGGUGGCUUACUUUUACGACAAAAACUCUCUGGAGAUCGAGAUCAAUACAACUCCAAUGAGGCGGCGAAAAUAUUCACCGAAGAAGAGCUGCUAAAUGCGACCCUAAAAUACGAUGACACAAGAAUUAUUGGCCAAGGAGGUUUUGGAACUGUCUACAAAGGCAUUUUGCCAGAUAAUAGAAUUGUUGCCAUCAAGAAGUCCAAGCUUAUGGACCGAAAUGAAAUCAAACAGUUCAUAAACGAGGUAGUUGUUCUCUCCCAAAUUAACCACAGGAAUGUUGUCAAACUCUUAGGAUGUUGUUUGGAAACUCAAGUUCCUUCACUUGUCUAUGAAUUUGUCCCUAAUGGUACACUCUCAGACCACAUACAUGAUAAGGAAAAAUCAUGUAAAUUAGUUUGGGAAAUUCGUCUAAGAAUAGCUGCAGAAACUGCGGAGGUUUUGUCAUAUCUCCACUCGGCAGCCUCAACGCCAAUCAUUCACAGAGAUGUGAAGCCUUCAAAUAUACUUGUAGACAACUACACUGCAAAAGUCUCCGAUUUUGGAGCUUCUAGGUUGGUUCCUCAGGACCAAAUUGAGUUGGCAACAAUGGUGCAAGGUCUACUUGUCCUGCUUAUCACGACUCACUCGAUUCUAUCAUCAUCAUCAUCAUCAUCAUCAGCAGCAGCCUUGCAAGGCUGCUCCGACCGAUGCGGAGACGUCGAAAUCCCGUACCCGUUCGGCAUGUCGGAAAACUGUUUCCUCAAUGACAAUUUCUUCAUCAAUUGCAGCAAGUCGACCCCUAUAUACGGUGAAAAUAUAAGAGUCACCAACGUAUCCACCGACCGUCACGAGAUGACCAUCAUGCGGUACGUCGCCAAAGACUGCUUAAACGAGUCCGAUGGACAAAUGUGGUGGAACGAACCCUGGCUCAAGUUUCGCUCGCUCUCAAUCUCCAGUUCCAAAAACAAGUUCGUCGUCCUCGGCUGCGACUCCUACGCCUACCUCACGGGUAUUCACAAAGAGAACAGUUCCUUUUCCAUGGGGUGCAUGUCAAUUUGUGAGGACAAGAACGACGUGCCUGACGAUGGAUCAUGCUCCGGGAUCGGGUGUUGUCAGGUAGACAUACCCAAAGGGCUCAAGAAUGCCACGAUAUUGGCGCGGAGCUUUGAAAACUAUACCUACGUCAAAAAAUUUAACCCCUGCACUUACGCCUUUGUAGUCGAACGCACCAAGUUCAAUUUCUCCCGCAGUUUCCUUUGGAAUUUCUCCGACACCGAAAUGCCGGUGGUGGUUGAUUGGGCGAUAGAUAAUAAGACUAAGUGCGGCAGAGAUAACACCAUCAUCGAGCUCACGCCCGACGGGCUGCAGUACUACUGCAAAUGCAAGGAGGGCUACCGGGGAAACGCUUACCUCCCUGCUGGUUGCCAAACAGAUAUUGAUGAAUGUAACUCGGGCGUCCACAAUUGUACCAAGGAUCAGAUCUGUGAUAACACCCCAGGGAGUUUUACUUGCAAGGAUCGAGAAGGAUUUUAUAGGGAUAUUGCAGUUGAAAACUGUUGAGAUGAAAUCAAUUUAAUAACCACUUAUAAAUGUACAGGUGCUGCAAUAGGCGUCAUUGCCUUAUUCAUCUGUGUCCCUUGGCUGUAUUUGGUUUUAAAGAAGAGGAAGCUAAUCCAACUCAAAGAGAAGUUCUUUCGUCAGAAUGGUGGCUUAAUUUUACGACAGAAACUCUCUGGAGAUCGAGAUCAAUACAACUCCAAUGAGACGGCGAAAAUAUUCACUGAUGAAGAGCUGCUAAAUGCGACCCUAAAAUACGAUGACUCAAGAAUUAUUGGCCAAGGAGGUUUUGGAACUGUCUACAAAGGCAUUUUGCCAGAUAAUAGAAUUGUUGCCAUCAAGAAGUCCAAGCUUAUGGACCAAAAUCAAAUCGAACAGUUCAUAAACGAGGUAGUUGUUCUCUCCCAAAUUAACCACAGGAAUGUUGUCAAACUCUUGGGAUGUUGUUUGGAAACUCAAGUUCCUUCACUUGUCUAUGAAUUUGUCCCUAAUGGUACACUCUCAGACCACAUACAUGAUAAGGAAAAAUCAUGUAAAUUAGUUUGGGAAAUUCGUCUAAGAAUAGCUGCAGAAACUGCGGAGGUUUUGUCAUAUCUCCACUCGGCAGCCUCAACGCCAAUCAUUCACAGAGAUGUGAAGCCUUCAAAUAUACUUGUAGACAACUACACUGCAAAAGUCUCCGAUUUUGGAGCUUCUAGGUUGGUUCCUCAGGACCAAAUUGAGUUGGCAACAAUGGUGCAAGGUACUCUCGGAUAUUUGGACCCCGAGUACUUGCUCACCAACCAACUGACGGAAAAAAGCGAUGUUUACAGCUUUGGAGUCGUUCUAGUGGAGCUAUUAACAGGAAAGAAAGCGAUAUGUUUCGAGAGACCAGAAGCGGAGAGGAGUUUAGCUAUGCAUUUUCUGUCUUUAAUGGGAAGGGAUGAGUUGUCUGAGAUAGUUGAGAGUGGUAUUGUGAAAGAGGAUUUUGGAAAUAAAGAGCAAGUGGAGGAAGUUGCAAGGCUUGCAAGGAGGUGUUUGAAUGUGAACGGAGAAGAGAGGCCUACAAUGAAAGAAGUGGCAAUGGAAUUGGAAGGACUGAGAAGAAUGGAAAAGCAUCCAUGGGCUAAUCAUGAGUACUUGGUGAAAUUUGAAGAGACUGAAUCUUUGCUUGCUCAUGAUCAGGCUUCCAUAUCUUAUAAAGACAUGGGUGAAACUAGUAGUGCCAAUAUUGCUUCUUAUGAUACUGUAAGGGACCAGUUCUUUAUUGAUUUCUGUGGUAGAUGA